AUGCCUUCAUCGUCUCCUGGGUCUGCUAAUGCUGCUGCGACUGGCGUUACCGGGAGUGGCUCAGAUUCUCAGCAGUCCGCCAUUGAAAAUGAUUUAAACAUUUUAUUAAUACAAGUUAAGAAAUUAUUCGAGAAUUCAAAGUUUUUGGAUGAUAGUGCUUUACAAGCCUUUGUACGCGCAUUGUGUCGUUUGAGCGCUCUCACCAGCGGAAUACCAGUAGACUCUACUCUUAUU